UUGGGGGGAAGCUUGCUGGGUUGCUUAAGGGAGGAACUGGUACUUUAGGAGGCAUUUAGGUCUGGUUUUAAUGUUGUGAGACUCUACUAUGAAGCUUUUGGCCCUUCUGGUGUUCCUGCUCCUGGUGUCCUUGGUGUGGGGACCUGCAUCAGGGCUGCUGCAUCCUGACUGUAGAGCUGUGGGGGCAUGCAAGUCCUGCUCAGAACAUCGGGAUGCUAAAGCAGGGUCAGCAUUUCCUUGGAUAUUAGCAUAUGUGCCCACGAGAAGCUGCCACAGAGUCUUGCGGGGCACAUAUGGGGAAUUUUCUCCUCCAGAGUAUCACAGUGAUUCACCUUUCAACUUGUGGUGUAACUGGACAAUCUGGGCAGGCUCCAGGAAGCAUAUCAUAAUUUAUAUUCAAGGCUUUAUCACACAGGAGGAUUGUAACAGAAAUAAAGACAAAAUCCUCUUUGAAGGAGUUUCUUCGCUGGUGGAAAAUGAUGUAGUUUAUGCUUGCUGGAUGAAGGAGGUGCAUGUUUUUGCCACCUUUGCUCAGGCUGUGCAUGUUGUGUUGCUGAAGAGGUACUUGCCAAAUUGCAGAGACACCCAAUUUAAAGGCAAGUAUUACAUCUUCCAGCACCAGGAACACAAAUCUCCUUCUAAAGGUGCUUUGAUUCCUGAAACUCUCACUCCAAAGCCAUCUAAGCAAGACGGUCUGUCCAUUCAGGCUGGAAAACACUACCUUGGAGGCUCUGCAACCGUGAUGCUGACAGGAAGUCCAGUAAAGCUUGCCCCAUACCAAGGUGAAAGUACACAGCUGCUGGGCAUGCCAGCUGCCUAUGCGCAGGGCUCUGAUCCACAGACGAGGCCAAGGCUCUGCCAGGAAGAGGAAGUCAUAGCUGGGGCUGCCCAGUGGUUGAGCUGUACUGCCAACAGAUGUGUUGUCCCAAGUUCGGGUUAUACAUGUGAGUUUUCAAGCGUGCCUUUGGAAACACCUUUGUUUGGAGCCUUGCAAGUGGUGGAGCCUUCGCUGCAGCCUAAAGGCGUGAGCUGGGAGAGUAGACAGUCUGUACUGCACCCCACUCUGAGGCUGGAAGAUUUAAGAGACCUCCAAUUUACCAUUAAACCAACACGCACAAUUCACGUGGACUUGGAUGCUGAUUUACAGGCCUCCUCUCCUGGCAGAAGCAUUGGUACCAUUGUGUAUAUUGGUACCACCGUGUCCCAGGGGCUGGAUUUAAGGAAGGACAGAAGCCAUGCCCAGCUGAGCAUCCCAGCUGAUGGAGCAGCAGGCAGCGGUGCUGUUGGCCUUGCAGGGGGUCUGACGCCCAGCCUGAGCAGCCCCUAUGAUGUGGUGAGUGGGGAACACUUGCAGCUGCUGCCUGAGAGAGAGCAAAGCAGUUUUGGGGCUUUGCCUGUGACUCAGCCCAGGCUGGGAACAACUGACCUCCAGCAUAUGGAAUUCAUGGAUAUCUUCCCCCUGGAGAGUUCCAGGGGUGGUGUUGAGGAGAAAGUGGUGCCGUGUCCCACAUCACCAUGGGACAUUCUCCUGGCGCAUCCUCAUUCACGUGACCAGAGCCAUCCUGUCCUGCAGGCAGUUCCUGUGCACCCUGGGAGCCUCCCUGCAAGCACCCAAGCAUGCAGCUGUCUGGCUGCUGAGGAAACUCCUGCAUCCUCAUGGAACACACAAAGCUGCUGCUACCAGGGUGACACUGCUUCACAGACUUGGCUGGUGGCAUCCCCUGGGCCAACAGGUCCAGAGCUUGCUUCUACGAGCAGGUUGGAAAUAAUCCCUGCACCAGUGUUCUCUUAUUCUGAUCUCGUUCCUGUGGGCUUUGGCUCUGCCAACAUUGCCCUUGAAGGACUUCUUCCCUCAGAAGAACAGCCCAUGUCCAGGGCUGUCCCCUCCCCACUGGAAGCUUUAGGUUUGGAUCCUGUCAGCCUUAGGAGAAGGGCAGGCAUCUCACUAGGAGAGCAGGAGAUGGCCUCACCAUUGCCUUCUCACCAUCCACUGGCAGCCCCUGAAAUGGGUGUAGAUGUGUCCCCUGGCUACCUUGGCCCUUGGGAGAGAGAGGGUGUGCUGGAAGAGGGUGGCCAGCAACGAGAAACCCCAGCUCCUGUGAACGGUCUGUCUCCAGCCUCCAUCCCAAGGCCUCGUGUGGGACCUCCUCAGGCCAAGGGCACCCUGAGUCACGGGGUGACACCAGCUCCGCAGCAAUUAGACAUGGCCACUAGUGGCAAAGUGAUUUCUGCCUUGCUCCCUGUGGCAGUUAAAAUGCAGAAAACCAUUGCAAGUCACCAGGUGGAUGUGGGAGAGCAGAGAAAUUCCUCCUUGCACGCCGCCCGUUCUGAUCCUCCAGCAGUCCAGUGGGGGCAAACAGUGCCAAGAGGCCAGAAAUUGCGGGAGGCUGCCAAAGGUCCUGCAUCCAGACGUACGGAGAUGCUAGGAGGACAGCCAUGGAAGCACACUGAGCUGGGACUGCCCUGGGUGAUGGAGUACUUCCCUGUUAGGAGCUGCCACGUCAUCUUUCAGGAUGGGUUUGGGGUGUUCAACCUCCCACUGUAUGAUGACAUCCAAGCCAACAUCUGGUGCAAUUGGACCAUCUGGGCAGGGCCCCAAAAGCACAUUGUCAUCUACGUUCAGGGGUUCCAGAGCAAUGACAGCUGUGGGAAGAACCAGGACAAGAUCAUUUUCCAAGGGGUCCUCUCACGUGUGGAAACUAAGCUUGUGUACGCCUGUCACAGCCGAGGUACUCUGAUCUUUGCUUCACAAGCUACUGCAGUCCAUGUGUUAUUGUUGUCAAGAAGUGGCCCCCUAAGCAGCAAAUACAAGCACUUCCAAGGACAGUAUUAUGUAUUUGGAGACUAUGAAGCUGUGAGUUCUUCAGGUGGUGCUGUAGCUCCCCAAGAGCCCCUCCAGGAAACCCCUAAGGGAUUGAGUCGGAGGACAGGGAUAACACAAGGUUUGCUGCCCAUGCUGAGAGCCUCCCUCAGUCCAUCCACUCCUCCUACUGCAGGCAAGAUCCAGGCUGAGGUGGCAAGCUCAGAGGACAAGGGCCAACAUCCCCCUGAUCUUGUGGAAGAUGCUUGGCUUGGUGCUGACCUGAGUGAGCGCAGUGAGCUGCAGAGUGAAACAGAGAUGGAAAGAAGCCUUACAUAUGGUGGCACUAAGGGGAGGGAACCCACUGAGGAUGUGUUGGAGGUUCCAUCAGGAGGAGGUGCUGGGCCUGAAGCUGAGCUGCCUGCCUUGGAGGUUGCGGAGGGAGAUGUAGAGCUGGUGCCUGCUCCAGUCAGCACAGCCUCGCCCUACUCAACUGAUGUCCCUGCCUCAGAGGCGAUGCCCCAGGGUGACAAAGCUGUGCCUGCUGGAGAUGUGCUGUCAGCAGGAGAAGGACACGAAGAUCUCUUUGAUCUGGCUUCAGUUCUGGCAUCUCUGGAGAACAGUACAGCACUGCAGUCCCUGCACCAGCCUGGAGAUGUGCUAUUUGAAGUAAUGACUGAAAUCAAGCACAAGGACUGGAUCACUCCUGGUGGCAGUGAGCUCAGAAGGGAUCUCCUAGAAUCUAUAAGAAGCCAUAUCCAGCAGAACCUGAAACUCUCUGCCAACAGAGUCAGUGAAAUAAAGUUAAAGGAAGCCAAAAGGACAAGCAAUGCCAGCCUGCUGCUCACCUUCUGGCUACACCUGAAGCCAGAGGAGAGAAAUAUGUCCCUGCUGCUGCACUCCCAGCUGGGAGAGCUGCUCAGUGCUUCAGUGGGAGCGGGGAAGCUGCAACUCAUCUCGCUGCUGGUAGAAGAUGUGAAUGAGUGCAACUCGGGAGUCAGCCUGUGCGGGGAGGAGGCAGAAUGCUUCAACGGUGUGGGCACCUACCUGUGCCGCUGCAAGAAGGGCUACGAGGAUCAUUCUCCCACCAAGUCUGGCACCCUUUGCAUCCGUACUCCCCAGUCAGGGUUGAGCUUCCUGCUCCGCCACGCUGACAUCCUGGUGGGGGCAGCCAUCACAGGCAGCCUGGCACUGCUGGUGGCUGCUGGAGCCCUGUGCUGGGCAAAAUGGCGGAGACGGCAUCCGGGCAGGGCCCUGGGGCCUGAGGAGCCACCGGAGCAGGCUGUGGAGGAGCCACCAGCGAUAGAACUGCGGGACCUGGGGGACUGCCUGCGCCUCGACCCCUUCCAGCUGAAGCUGAGGGCAAGGCCCCCUGAGUGGCUGUGGGGGGCUCGGGCACACUCUGGCCAGACCUACAGAGUCUUCCUGGAGCAGUCACCCCCACUCUAGGGUGGCCCUCAUUACCUGUGCAGUCAGUGCUGGCUGUGCAGGAUCUCCUUGUGUGUUUUAUGGCCCACCACUCUCCCCCAGCCUUUCUCGUUUUUGUCACUUACUGUUUUUUUUUUAAAUGCUUGUUCCCCUUUGGAAGCAAAUGUUCUCUGUGUUCUCUCCCCCUUACCCUAAUUGAGAUUUGUGCAGAGCUGUUAGCAUGUAAUAAUUAAAUACUUUUUUCUUUUUUUUUUUUCUUUUUUUUUUUAUAAAGAAAAUAAAUGUUUCAGUGCUUAAUUUGGGAAAUGAAAGAUUAGCCUUGCACCUGUGCUCAGGUACACUGCUUUGCUCUGCCCAUCAUGCAGAGCCCUAUGGGAGCCAGGGCAAGGCUGCCACAUUAGAGCCCUCAGCCGCUUGCAGCCUGCUUGAGGAACACACCAGGCCCUGACUUUGAGGUCCUGGAGAUGCUACUGGCCUUCCUGGGCAAUGGAUACAGCACUUUAUAAUGCUUGUGUGAAUCCUGAUUGCUGAGAUGCCAGCUGCAAAAAGCAUCAACCAUCGCUCUAUCCUGCUGGCUGGCAGUACGGUGCAGUUAUAUCCUGGGCUUGUAACUUCCUCCUCUUUCCUUGCCAGGGCUUUUAGAAAGUAAUUUUAAUAACCCCUUUUUUUUCUUUUUGGGAAGUGUGUAAGUGGCAUGGAGGCAAAUGUCCCACUGGAGGGCACUGUCGGCUACUGAAAAUCUAGUGCAGGAUCUUCUGACCAGCUGAGCCGGCCCAGAGCUGGGGCUGCCAGAUGUGGGACACAGUUGCAGGGAUCCUCCGUGCAGCCUCUGGGCAAUCUCUUUGUAUGCGUUGACCCACUUUCUCUGAGAUGUUCUGUGGAUAUGGAGGCUGGAGGGUGUGUGCUCCAAUCACAGUCUUGUCCAAAAGCUGGGGUGUUGGUGGGACCCCUGCCUGUGGAAUGAAGUCCUCAGCCCUGCUGAUUUUUAGUACUCUUUGGCACUGUCUGGGUUUGGUUAACAACAGGCAGAGACGCAAGGAGCUCUCAAAGAUGUUUUGCUUGUUGCUUCCUUUGCAGUACAUAUGGGCAAUCAGCAAACCACGUGUAGAAAACACUCAGUGAAAGCUAAGUAUGUUGUGAAUACCAGAGAAUUGAAUGCUAGCAUCUCCCUGGGAAGCAGAUAAGUGUAUGUAAUUUUCCAUCACAAAGAAGGAAACCAUCAAACGUGUCUGUAUUUGCACAGUAUGUGCUUGUGUUCCCUGCUGAGGUUGAAGAAUGCAGCAGGGACAAAAUUAAUAUUGUGCUUGCUGUUGGGAAAUGAACUUUCUCAGCCUCAUGAGAAAUAGGGCAGUAAAAGCUGGGAAAGAUGCAGAUCAGUCUUUCCUGCCCUCUCUGCAUCCUGUGGCCUUGCAUUGAGCCCCUCUCCUUGGAACUCAUCCUGUACCAAACCAGGGCCCAGGCAUGAUUUAGCAGAGAGUCUUCUCUUCUCUUCCCCUUUCAGCUCUGCUACAGCACCCUUCAGGUUGAGUGUGCAGGUGCCUGUGCUCCUCCAUCUGCGUUGUGGGGGAGCCCAGGGAGAAAACUUCCUUGUACGUGGUCUCACUGUUUUGUCUGGCUCAAGAUGGUUUCUGGUCAUGUUCCUUGGCAUGCUUGCUCAAGGGGAGGAUGUGCCCCCCACUUUUCUCUUUUGUUGUUGCAUGUAUCUGUGAUAUAGUGAAUGUGAAUUGUUCAAAGAAAAAUCUGAUCCAGGCUGUGCUAUUCCCAGCCCUGUCUGUGGUAGCUGCACGGUUAAUAAGCAGAUUGCAAAGAGUUAUGUUACUGCAGAGUGCAGCUGGGACUUCUGGCAGUUACAUGAAAUUAUCAUCGUGCUCUUAGUGUCUCAGCCGUGCUCUUAAUGUCUCAGCCGUGCUCCAGCUGGGAUGUAUGUCCUUUGUGAUACUGCGUUGCACCACAGUGGUCAUAAACCUGUGGGCAGAGCUGGUGCUUUCCCCUAAGCUCACAGUGGGGCAGCAUGAACCCAGGGGCAUGGGCAAGAAUGAAGGCAUGAGGAUAGAUGUCUGCGUGCUGCAGAAGGUGCCUGCUCUGCCAAAAUCUUCCUCAUCUGCAGUGGAGUGAAUUAAUAGACAAUAAAA